AUGGCAUCAGCUCACGAUGCAUUCGACGACGUGCUGUCCAAGUUUAAACUUCGACUCACCGAUAGAGAGUCUGAAGACUUCAAGUUCACAUCGCUAGAAGAUGUUCGAGUGGCUUUAGUCGCUAUUCAGGACGAGCAGGGCCGGAAGAAGGAAAUGAUGAAUCUUCCAAGACUCCAAGCGUUCCUCGAAGCCAUGGAGCAAUAUGGAAAGGUUGUGGAAGUCUUUCUGAACGUCUCGUCAGUUUUAUGCUUUAUAUGGGGUCCCAUGAAGUUUUGUCUCCAACUUGUGAAGAUUGCAAGUGGAUGGGCCGAAUCCUUCGAAAUUCUGCUCGAUGCCUAUAAACAACUUGCAGAAAAUAUACCGCUUUUGCAACAGUUUCAGACACUGUUUGAAUCAAACCUACAAAUGAGCAAUGUUCUCUCCAUGAUAUAUAAAGACAUUCUGGACUUUCAUCUGUCAGCAUUGAGGGUAUUCAAAAAGCCGACCUGGAAACAAUUAUUUCGGUCGACAUGGAAGGACUUCAAAGCUAGGUUUCAACAUAUCUUGGACGAUCUUCGCAGUCACAAGGCACUUAUCGAGGGGCAAGCGAAUCUUCUUCAAAUCGAAGAAGUUCGAGUCGACCGAGAGAGAGUCCGCGAAUCUUUUUCCUCCAUUGAGAAAGCAGAAAGAGAUAAAAAGUUUCUCGCUGUUAGAACUUGGCUUGCGUCAACUGAUGCAACUGUGGACCAAGAAGCAGCUGCUGGUAUGCGAAAAGACUACCCAAAUACAGGUCGAUGGAUAUUUGGAGAAAAUGUUAUAAAAGCUUGGAUGGAUUCUACAAGUUCUCUGUCUAGUGUUGUUUGGAUCAAUGGAAUACCUGGUGCUGGGAAAACAAUUUUAGCAUCGCGAAUCAUCGAAGAGAGGCUGCGAUUAGAUCAACAAUCAACAGUUUUCUUCUAUUGCAAAUAUCAAGAUGAGCAAAGAAGAACAUUUCUUGCCAUCGCCCGGUCAGUAUUAUCACAGCUCCUUAACGUUCACGACGACCUUUUGCCAUAUUUGUACGACCAGUGUAUUAGCAGUGGUCAGGUCUCCUUGGUCUCGACCCAGUCCGCUGUGGAGCUCCUCAGAACGUGUUUGGAAACGGUUCCCCAAACCUAUAUCGUGAUUGAUGGUAUCGACGAAUGCGAAUAUUCGGAAAGAAGGGCCAUUCUUUCAUUCUUUACCUCACUCAUCGACAAUGAUAUUACCCCAGGACGACUCCGAGGUCUUUUUGUUAGUCAGGACGAGAAUGACAUACGAAGAUUACUCCGAAAAGCAUCAGUACUGCGACUUACCGAGGAACACAACAAGUCCGAUAUCGAAGCUUAUGCGAGUCGUUGGUUGAGCAAAAUUGAGCUGAAAUUUGAAAUACCGGAUCUCACAUUACAACACAUUAAAGCAGCAGUCCUCGGUGGAUGUGAAGGAAUGUUUUUAUUUGCCAAGCUUGUCUUGACAAAUUUGCAUGACCAAGUCUCCAGAGACAAAUUGUUUGAAGAACUACAGCCUGAGACUUUUCCAAAGGGGUUUGAACAAGCAUAUUCAAGAAUCGUGAAUCGCAUACUUACCAAUCCGAAGGCGGGCGAAAGAGUAGUGACUCAAAAACUCCUGGGUUGGAUUGUCUCUGCCAAAAGGCCAUUAAAAUGGCACGAGAUCCAGGGAGCUGUAUCAAUCAACACAAAGGAUCGGUUCGUUGAUUUUGAGAAUAGCCAUCUCGCUAUAGAUAUUCGAGACCUCUGUGGCUCUCUCGUGGAUGUCUUGCCGGGCGACAGAGUACAGCUCGUGCACGAAACAGCAAAGUCUUAUCUAAUACACAACAAUUACGUAGAAAUACACGUGGAAGAAUAUCGACUUGCUGUUUUAUGCAUGAAAUAUUUGACUUUCGACUGUUUCGACCCCGAUGCGCCAGAGGAACGCGUAAAGGAAUACCUGAUGAAUGGAAGUUAUGCAUUUCAGGAUUACUCCGUGCUGCAUUGGGUUGAUCACCUGGAGGAAGUAUUGCGUUUUCUGGAGAUGAGUAACAUAUCGAAAUUCAACCUGCUUGGUCCUGCAGUCAAUGAAUUCUAUGAUACAUGUAGUGUCGGCGGGCUGGAGACGGACGAGAUCCCCCAAGAACUAAGAGAACGAGGCAAAUCAAUCAAGGACACUGAUUUUGUUGAUAACUUACUUCAUCUACUCAACCACACAAGAAAGUCCCGAGCCGCGGAUGAUCAGCUGUCAGGACUCGGAGACUUUGGGAAAGUUAUCAACAGGAAUCGACAACUUCUUGAGGGUUUGAACCGAUCAAUGAACCUCACCACAGUAUCUAGGCAGCAGCUGGAGAAGUAUUACGGUAAUAACUGGAACAAAUGUCCCCGACAGAAAUGUUUUUAUUUUCACGAAGGCUUCCCGGAUACGAUUCGUCUGAAUAACCACGUCAGCCGCCAUGAGAAACCCUUCUGCUGCACAGAAUUUAGCUGCCCGCGAAUACACCUCGGAUUCAGUACUGAAAGAGAGCUCAAGAGGCACAUGACACUUCAGCACCCCGACCCAGCAGCUUUUGCCUGGAGAUUCCCAAAGAUCAAACCACCCGCUACAAAAUAUAAAUGUGCUGAAUGUCCAAAGCAAUUCACACGAGCUCACAGUCUCAACGUCCAUGUAAGAACUCAUUCAGACGACAGAAGAUUUGGGUGUCGCUUUUGCACCAAGUCCUUCGUACGCAAGUUUGAUUGCGGCAGACACGAAGAGAAUUUGCAUUCGGAAAAGAAACAGGAAAUGGGAAGUGAUUCUAUGACGGUGCCUUCCUCCCCAUUGCCGGAUUGCUCUAUUUCAGAGACUAUAGAAUGA